CGCCCACUGUUAUCAGUCCGUUGUAAGCGUUUGAGGUUACCACAUUAUGAGAAUUACUGAUAAUAUGGCAGAAGGCACUAAUCAGCCGCAUGUGUCAGAAAGUGCGCCAUGUUGCCACAUCUCAAGCAGCAGUCGCAUUCGGAUAAGCGAUGAAGAUGAAUCUGUUGAACUGAGCAAUGUUUUAAACAUGCUGGGAUAUGGGCAUGAGAUUAGACAGAAACGCCGGGAAUGCCAUGAGGAAAGAGACAGACUACUUACUGCACAGUGGGGUAACGCGUACGAUGUGAUUACAGUCGGAAGUAAGGCAGAGGGGCUUUCUCGUUAUUUUGAAAGUGAUAUGGACGUAUUAUGCGUUGAUAACUUUAUCAAAUGCAUAGAAGCCGGUUGUGACAUAAACUCGAUUCCAGAGAACACAUCCGUUUGCAGAAUGGAUACUAUGAUAUGUUAUCCGGGACAUUGCUUACUGCUGCUCGAGCGAGGAUUCCCGAUACAACUUUUGUUAGCAAUGUGCGAUAAUGGACAUGGGAAAAUUCUUCUUAGUAGUGAGGCUUUUGUAAAUUGUCUUAAAAUGGCUUCACACUUUUUAAGAGGACCCAUUCCAAAUGAAAGAGCGGGGCCAUCACUGCCAUGCACUAUUGGAUACUUUAACGCCGACCGAGUAUAUGCAUUUCGCUGUCAUUGUCCUAGCAUACUUCAGAGAUGGGCAUCCAGAUCUCGACAUUGGCCGCCAUUUAAUAUUGUGAAAAAGGUCGUAUCAAUGGGAGCUUUUCUAACUCCUGUCGGGUUUAAAGGAAGCGAAACUAAGCAUUUUGAGUGGAGAAUUUGUUUCAACACAAGUGAGACAGAAUUGAUGAUUAAUCUUAACGACGCACAGAUUAAAUUAUAUGUUUUGUUGAAAAUGAUUGGGAAAGAUAUACUUAAACCACGACAUAAAGAAAUAACAUCUUACAUGUUAAAAAAUAUAGUUUUGUGGCUCGCUGAGAAAAACCCACAGUCCAUGUUUCAUGAGAAGAGUUUGUUUUCCUGGCUGCGUGAAUCGCUACUGGAGCUGAGAACUGCAUUGUCACAAAAACACCUUCCAUAGUAUAUGAUCCCGGAGAGGAACCUUAUAGCAGCCACUGGAGUGACCGAUAUGCAGAAUCGAAGAUGGAUCGCAACACUUACGGACAUGUUGGAUGCAGGGCCGGCGAUAAUUCUGAGGCUGCCUCUGAUACGACAAGCCAUCAUCUCCCACCCGGAUCCUUUCCUCUGGUACAAUACGAGGAGAAUCGAACUAGAGAUUAUUUUUUUAGAAUGUACAAGCAGUGCCCAAUUCUUGAAUGAAAACAUCCUCUUGAAUGGAAACAUCCUCGCAAACAUUAUCGAUUAUUGUAUUCGAAAUGGCCUAAUGUGGCGUUUUCUAGAAUUAUUGUUAGAUGUCUUUAUGAACAUGUGCGUAGAAGAUAGUACGGACACAACUGUGGUAUUUGGACUUUACCAUAUAUUCAUUCGCACGUUAAUGUAAGAACUUUGAAAAUAUGCACAUUCCGUCAAAUGUACAUAUAUGCAUUUUAUUACAUGAGUCUUUGAUACGAAAUUGUUUUGUACGAUUCACAGAUUUAGUAUGUGCGUUGACCUGAGUAGGGUGAGUUUUAUUGAAAUGUCCGGUGAUUGGUAGUAUAAAGUUAAGCCUGACUGCUAAAUUACUGUAUGCCAAAGUAAUUAAACCAAGAUCAACAACUAUAUUCAUAUAAUUUCUAAUGUUAAUAUAAGUAAAACAUGUUAAGAUUUAUUGCUCAAACGCAUGCAAUACCGCGUUUAAUGCGUAUGAUGUUAGCAUGCGUCUGCAUUAGUUUGUACCAGAUUAAUAGACGUUUGAAAAACCAUACGAACCGCAAAAUGACGUUUAUUGCUAACCCAGUUACCUCUCAUUUUUCACUCCAUUCGAUAUCAAUUAGCAAGGGAGAUAAUUGAAAACAUACAUGUAAAUGCGGCCUUUAUGUUGUGGUUGACACAUUUCAUAUUAAGCUGUCUUGCCCAUGCUUUGUUGAACUAUAUUUUUAUUUUCUUUAACCAUUAUCGCCAUCGUAAUGUAAUUUCUUCGCAUCGGAUAUACAAACUAUUUGUUAUUAACGCAGUCGUGAACUAUUUCUUUUCGUAAAAUCAUGAUUACUUGUUCCCAAUCACUUCUCAAGAUUAUAAACAUCGUUUAUAAACAUUAUUUCACGAUAUUAUAAACUAUUUCAGGGUAAAGCGUUAAACGUAGUGUUCUUUAUAAGCGCCUGAAGCGUAUUAAAAUUAUGAUACCACGCAAAAUAUAGCGUUGGCAUCAUGUAUGUUAUUAAUAGCCAUCUUUAUAUGCUUAACAAAUGUUCUCUUGUGCGAUGUAUACUACGUCCACAUUUACAUGUGGUUAAAAGGUGUUUUUCGAAAGAAAAUUAUUAUGUGGUACCUGA